GGAGAAUUCAAAAUAAACCCCCUUCAACUCCCAACACCUUUUCCCCUUGCCGUGCCUAGCUCUCUCCUGGCUGCGUAUAGCUUCGUACGCUGUUGAACCCGCGACAGACACCGGCACGAAUCAGCACACCCGGGCAUCGGGGACGGUCGGCUCGCGCGCUGCUCCCUGUUGUCCUGGUCGUGGUAGGGCUGAAUCCUGCCCGCGCUAUAUCGCCAGAGAUAUAGAUAGCCAUCUCUCCAUCCUGCCAGCUUACACCUUGCAGCCGAGUGAGACACGAUAGGCUGACACGCUGCUGGGUCCCUUGAACACCACCGUUGCAACCCCGGGUCUCAGGUACAAAAACUGCCCCGGUCCCUCUCCCUCCCCGGCAGUGAACAGUCUGUCAUGAUCACAUACCGAAUGCACCCCAUCCUGCCGAUAUCCUGCCUGUGAUCGCGGGGAAUAUAAGAAGAACAAAGAAGAAAAUGGCGGGCAUAGAGCAGCUGGAGAUUCACAGCAAGUCCUAUAUUAUGCGAUGGGUCAAGGUCGAGGAAGGCCGAACCAUCUCGUGGAGUGUCCAGCCGCACAAGAAGUCAAUCAACUUCGGCAUCGUUAAGCACCCCGGAACCGGCGGCACGAACCAGGCCACGGCCGUUGACGACGCGAAUGCCCCGUACGAACAAGUCGAUGGCGGGAAAGGCGGUGCCCGGUUUGGGAAGAAAGAUGCGAGCACGGCACAAGAACAGCUGGCCAACAAGGGAUUCAUUCCCAUUAGGUGGCACGGCAAAUGCGAGGCCGACAAGGUAACCAUGGGCACCUACGACGUGGUCAGGGGCCACGGCGGCAUGUUUGGCUUGAUCUUCGACAACACCUUCUCGAAACAGACUUCCAAGACGGCCACCUUCGUGCUUCUCACCUACCCUACCAACGCACCACCGCAAUCUGCGCACCAUCUAACCAACCUCCAAGCCUCCAACGCGAAUGCCAGCAAGACCAGCCUGGGAAAGCCCGGCCCCCACCCCGGCCCCGCCGCCGCCGAGUCGACCGAAAGCCUGCAGAGCCACGGAGCCAGCCGCCAACGGGCAAAGUCCAUAGCCGGCCGCAGCGACACCGGAGGCAGCUCUGCGUUUACGGGGAUUUUGUUGAAGAGGCGGAGAAAGAAGGGCCAAGGCUACGCUCGACGAUUCUUCUCUCUCGAUUAUCUAUCUUGCACGCUGUCGUAUUAUCACAACAGGAACUCCUCAGCACUCCGAGGCGCGAUUCCGCUGAGUCUAGCUGCCAUUGCUGCCGACGAGCGACGGAGAGAGAUCAAUAUCGACUCUGGGGCCGAGGUCUGGCACCUGAGAGCAUCCAAUGCUAAGGAUUUCAACGAAUGGGCGCGUGCCCUGGAAAAGGCGAGCAGAAUUGCGCGGGGACUCGAGGAACCCUUGCUCGAUCCAUCUCCCGACACGCUCACGGUAGCCACUACGAUACACGUUCAUCCCCCCAAUACGCAACAGGAAGAGGACCGAGAAUGGCAGCAAGUCGAGGCCCUUGUCAGCCGCAUCGUCGGCACGCGCGACGCCCUGCGCCGUCUGGUAAAUGAUCUGGUUGCCCAGAGGCAGCCGCCACGUCCGGCAAGUUCUCACCUGUCACCGGGCUCGCCCGCCGUGUCCGAGACGAGCGACGGCUACUUCGUCUCGCAAGCGCAGGACAAGCGUCCGUUCUGGAAGCGGAAACAAACCGCCGCAACCCUAACGCCAACUUCAGCCCCCUCGCCGGCGUCGGCCUUGGCUGUCCCAGCGCCGGGUGUAGCGAAUCCAAACGGGACACUCUCGACCCAGAAUUCCGGCCUCGGCGAAUCCGACGAACGCCGCACUCAGGAGCACUGUGCAGCACUUCUUAACGACUUGGAUCUGGUCGUUACCGAGUUUACCAAGGUACUUGGUAACAGCAAGAGACGGCGUAUAACCAUACCGGUGUCCGCCACAUCGAGGAGGAGCUUCGAAUCUACUGCGUCAACCGAGGAGUUUUUCGACGCCGAGGCUGGCGACACGGACAGUAGAACGCAGGUCAUGAUGAUUGACAAUCGUGGAAGUGGCGGCGAAGAGGAUUCGCACGAGUCCGAAGCGGACGACGCCUCUAUAGAUGAUUCCUCUUCAGUUCUAUCUACUGGAGAGGGCGAAGGAACCACUGGAGCUAGUGGUGCCUUGGCUCUCUUCCCCGCGAGACCGAAAAGUCUCAAUCCCUUACCCGUUGACAUCGCGGUCGACCGUCGCAAGACCAUCCCACCGGCCACGGUCCCUCCGCCCAGCUUGAUCGCGUUCGUGCGGAAGAAUGUGGGCAAAGAUCUAAGCACGAUUAGCAUGCCGGUCUCGUCCAACGAGCCGCUGUCUGCUCUCCAGCGCGUCUCGGAGCAGCUCGAGUACGCCCAGCUUCUCGACGAGGCCGCGAAAUUGAAAACACCCAAGGAUCGACUUCUCCACGUUACCGCCUUUGCCAUAUCGCAGUUCAGCGUGAACCGUGUCAAGGAGCGCUCUAUGCGCAAGCCCUUCAACCCCCUCCUGGGCGAGACCUUUGAGCUUCUGCGCACCGAGAGCGAGGUUCCCGGCGGGUUUCGGCUCAUAGUCGAAAAGGUCGUGCACCGUCCGGUCCGUCUUGCUAUGCACGCCGACGCGGCCCUCUGGUCGCUCACGCAGAGCCCUGCUCCGGCACAGAAGUUCUGGGGCAAGAGUGCCGAGCUAACCACCGAUGGGCGGGUCCGCGUAGCACUACGGCUCCCGGACGGCACCGACGAAUUCUACUCGUGGAGCAUGGCUACCAUGUUCCUCCGCAACGUGGUGAUGGGCGAGAAAUACGUCGAGCCGGUGGGCACGAUGACCGUGUGCAACGACUCGGCGGGAACGAAAGCCAACAUCGAAUUCAAGACGAAGGGCAUGUUCGGCGGCCGAAGCGAGGAGGUCGAGGUGGAGUGCUUCGACGCGAGCGGCAUGUCGAUGGGGAGCGGCCUCGUGGGCACGUGGACAGCGUCGCUCCGCGCGACGGAAGGCGGCAAGGCGACAGGGCCGGACAUCUGGAAGGCCGGGCAGCUGGUGCCGAACGCGGCGAACACGUACGGCAUGACGGCGUUCAGCGCGUCGCUCAACGAGAUCACGACGGUGGAGAAGGGCCGGCUGCCGCCGACGGACUGCCGGCUGCGGCAGGACCAGCGGCUGGCGGAGCAGGGGAAGCUCGACGAGGCGGAGGAGUGGAAGGUGAAGCUCGAGGAGGCGCAGCGGGCGCGGAGGCGGGACAUGGAGGCCCAGGGCGAGGAGCACCGGCCGCGGUGGUUCGUCAAGGUGGCCGAGGCGCCCGACGGCGAGGAGAUGUGGCGGAUGAAGGUCGGCAAGGAUAACUACUGGGAGGAGAGGGCUAAAGGUGAGUGGAAGGGCGUCGAGCGCAUCUUUGACGUCUAGCGGCGAGUGACGCGUCACACACCGACCGCAGGGAUACGACAGGGGAUGAUGAGAGGACGGUAUUUAGGGGGGAAGGGAUAAUUAGACUACGAAUAGACGCUCUGGAGAAAAGGUGAUGGGGUGUUAGUGCCACGGGCCGAGAGGAGAGAGAGAGAGACGACGAAGGAAGGAGAGGCAUCGUACGCCAUAUAGCGCACAGGAUUCGAGAAUUAGACGGCAUCAUCUAGAUCUUCGCACUUUAGCCUAGCGAGCAUCGUCGGCAAUAUCUACUUUUAUUUUCGGUUAGA